AUGUCUUCGCGUUCAGAACCAGAGCCUCGUGCUAUCAUUGUUGGGUGUGGCGUCGCCGGGAUAGCCCUUUCGGCAAGGCUAAAGACACAGCUUGGUUUCAAUAAUUUUGUGGUUUUCGAGCGCGAGCAAUCAAUCGGUGGAACCUGGUAUCUCAACACUUACCCUGGGGUUGGCUGCGAUGUCGACUCUCACCUUUAUUCCUUUUCCUUUAACUUAAAUCCUGAUUGGUCCAAGCGAUUUGCAGAACAGGGAGAGAUCUUAAGUUAUUUGAAUGAUACAGUUGAUAAGUUCGGCGUUCGCCCUCAUGUUACUACAGGUGUCGAGGUCAUUGGUGCAACCUGGAACGAAAAGAAAUGGGUGUGGCAAGUCGAACUUCGAACUCUAGAGACUGGCCAUACAUUUAUAAGAGAGGCAGAGAUAUUGGUAUCCUGCGUCGGGACAAUAUCGAUACCAGCCGACAUCAACAUUCCAAACCACGAGAACUUCAACGGCACAAUAUGGCACUCGGCUCGAUGGAACCACAAUUACGACCUGAAGGGGAAAACUGUAGCAGUCAUUGGGAAUGGGUGUUCUGCAGCUCAAUUGGUGCCUCACGUCGUGAAGGAGGCUGCAAAAGUGUAUCAAUUCCAGAGAUCCGCCCAAUGGAUCAAUGGCCGGCCCAACUCAGAUUUCUCCUCUCUGCAGAAGUUCUGCUUCCGCUAUGUUCCUCUCUACAACAAGCUUUACCGUUUCUGGUUAUGGAAGAAGACAGAUGGUCUGCAUACUCUUUAUCAGUCAGAGACGCAGGCCUCGGUCAGAGCUCGCUCCGAGGCGACACAAGUUGCAAAAGAUUAUAUGAAACGCAUGGCUCCGGCCAAGUACCACGAUAUCCUUAUUCCAAAAUUCCCUUUGGGGUGUAAGCGCCGCAUCUUCGACCCUGGAUACCUGGAAGUUCUCCACAGCGAGAAUAUGGAGCUCACCACAGAGCCCAUUGUCGAGUUCACGGAGACGGGGGUCCGAACUUCCCAGCGAGACAUCGAUAUCGAUGCUGCAAUCAUGAGCACGGGCUUCAAGAUUCAGGAAUUUUUGUCUCCAAUUACGAUCACGGGCAGGCAAAAUAUCACCCUCAAUGAGCACUGGAACAACACACAAGGUGCUCAAGCCUACAAAGCCACCUUCGUGAGCGGGUUUCCAAAUUUCGGGAUUGUGUUUGGUCCGAACGCCUUCCCGGCUCACAACUCGGUUAUCUACACCAACGAAGUCCAGGUUGAAUUCCUCAUCAAGUCCAUGUUCAGACCAAUUCUGCGAGGCGAUUUUGCUGUCAUUGAUGUCAAACAAGCUGCAGAAAACGUGGAUGUGAAUCAGGUGCAGUCGAAACUGAAGAGCAUGGUUUGGAGCAGCGGCUGCGCGAAUUGGAAUCUGGAUAAAUCUGGUAGAAAUACUACGAACUACCCGGAAGAAACUUGGAGGUUUUGGUACUCAUUGUACUGGCCAGUCUGGAAGGAUUUCAACAUCUAUGGGGACAAGGGAUCGAGACCAUGGCAUCCGGUCUGGAAGGUUUUCGGUGGUGUGACGGCAGCAGGGAUUGUUGCUCAGGUAUUACUUGCAAGCGGGAAAUUUGGGCCAGCAGGCCUGGAGAAGGCGAUGGAGUUGGUGAAAGGGAUUCGUUGA